AUGUCAGAUAAUAUGGUAUCCCCAAGAUCAAUUCUUAAAUACUUUUUAGCAGUUGCUCAAGAAGAAGGUGUUGGUGCAAAAGUUAGAAGAUCAAUUGGUACUUAUCAAAUUAGAAAUUUUACACCUUUCUUAAUGCUGGAUCAUUUUAAUGUUUCACCACCUGCUGGAUUCCCAGAUCAUCCUCAUCAUGGUCAAGAAACAAUCACUUAUAUGUUGACUGGUAGAUUUGCUCAUGAAGAUUUUACAGGUUCAAGAGGUGUUUUAAACUCUGGUGAUUUACAAUUUAUGACUGCUGGUAAAGGUAUUGUUCAUUCUGAAAUCCCAAUUGGCUGUGAUGAUGGUACUCCAGCUACUGGUAUGCAAUUAUGGGUUGAUUUACCAAAGAAAUUAAAAAAUUGUGAUCCUCGUUAUAGAGAUUUAAGAAAAGAUGAAAUUCCAAUUGUGAAACCAAAUGAUAAAGUUACAGUUAAAGUUAUUAGUGGUAAAAGUUAUGGUAAAGAAUCAUUAAAAGAAUUAGCUUAUACUCCAGUUCAUUAUUAUGAUUAUGAAGUUGCACCAGGUGGUGAAUUUACUCAAGAAUUUCCAAAAGAUUUUAAUGUUUUCCUUUAUGUCUUAAAAGGUGGGUUAGAAAUUAAUGGUGAAAAAAUUGAACAAUAUAAUGCUGUUUUCUUCAAUACAGAUGGUGAUUCAGUUCAAGGUAAGGUUCCACAAGAUGCUAAAGAAUCAACACAAUUUGUUGUUGUUGGUGGUCAAAAAUUAGAACAACCAAUUGUUCAACAUGGUCCUUUUGUUGAAACAAGUCGUGAAAAAAUUUAUGAAGUUUUCAUGAAUUAUCAAGCUGGUGCUAAUGGAUUUGAAAAUGCUCCAGGUUUCAAAAGUUCAAUUUCUGAUGGUGUUAAUGAAAAAGAUUUGAUUGAUGGUGAUUUAGCUCCAAUCAAAGGUAAAAAAAUUCCAAAUCAUGAUGAAUUAUAA